AUGACGGGAGUUAAUUGCUCUUUAGUUUUGCAUUUGCUCUGGGUCGCUAGACGUGGUAUUUACGCGGGUAUUAGUCUGGCGGUUCGCAUUUGCACGAUGAGGGGGGGCCAGCGGGUGUGCGGUAGGAGAGAGCGCAGGGGGGGGGUGUUAGUGGAGGAGCGGGGUGGGGGUGGGGAAGGGGGCGGGGAGGGUCAUGGGGGGGGUGGGUGGGGGGUGGGUCACCCGGGGUGCGGCGGGGGUGGGGGUUGGGGGGGGUGGGUGUUUGGGGGGGGUGAGGGGGGGGCGGCAGAGGUGUGGGAGGGGGGGUCGGAGGGGGGGGAUGGAUGGAAGGGUGGGGGGUGGGGGGUAGCCCGUCGGGGGGGAGGCGGGGGUGUGGGGGGGGGGGGGGGUCGGGGGAGUCAACUGGGGGCGUGGGGGGGUGGGCGGCGGGGCGGGGGGGGUGGGGGGGAAUGUGGAGGUGGGGGGGGGGGGGGGGCUGAGGGGGGGGGUUAG